AUGUCUAUUAAACAAGGGGAAACUGAAAGCUUGAGGGAUUAUGUCGGACGUUUCAAUGCCGAAGCCGUCACCAUCCCAACACUUCAGCAGGAAGUAGCAGUACUGGCCUUAAUGACGGGGUUGAAAGAGGGCACCCCAUUUCGUAGUUAUCUCGGCCGAAAAAAGAUGACAUGCCUAACAGAAGUCCUGGGAAAGGCUAAUGACUUCAUUAGGGGGGAAGAGUUUGACAAGGCAGCUAACGCAAAAAGGCCAGUGGCCAUAGAAAAAGAAAAAGAGAAAGACAAAGAUAAGGAUCGCCGGGAUGACAAAUACCGGAGGGAUAAAAAAGCGGAGUCAACUGGCAGAAAAGAGGAAAGCAACUCUGUGAAAAAGGGGUUCGAAGGGAGGCCAGAUAAAUACAACAAUUACACUCCUCUAACAAUAUCCCGGGCCCGGAUUUUUGAACUGCAUAGUAAGGACGAUAAGUGGCAAAGGCCGCGAAAAAUGUACUACAAGGGCCGGGAUAAAUCCAAGUGGUGCGAGUUUCAUGAUGAUUACGGCCACAAAACAGAUGAUUGCAAGGACCUUAAGGACGGGAUCGAAGACCUCGUUAGACGAGGCUACUUUACCCAGUACCUAUCAAGGAACGACCGCAAGACUCCUCCAAGGGAGGACGACAACGGCAACAGAAGGCCGGUAAAAGACAGGAUCACUGAGAUCCACACAUCAGUGGAGGACCAACUAGAGGCGGUAGUAUUCACGGAGCGAAAGCCAGCCUCAAAGAGUCCGGCACCAGAUUUCCAACGCGAUGGUUCACGUGUUCUAGUGGACGGCGGAAGCUCCGCCAACAUCCUCUACAAAGAGACAUUUGAAAAGAUGGGAUUUGACGAAACAUGUCUGAAACCGGUCUCUUACCCGGUUAUCGGCUUCACAGGAGCAUCUGUUGUCCCAGAAGGACAGUAA